AUGCGUUCUUAUGUCUUAAGUAAAGAAAAUAAGUAUCUUUUACUUCAAGAUUGGUGGUAAAAACCAACUAAAAGUAAUAUACAUCAUAAUUUAAGGAAAUCAAUAUACUUAUAGUCGCAUACCAUUUAUAAUAUCUGGUAGUCAUAUUUCAAUAAUUUUAAAUAUAUGGUCUUUAUUCAUUCAAAUACUCACAUUAUGGAUUACACCUUUUAUGAUUUCAUUUUAAUAAGAAAAUUCAAUUUUCUAAGUCCUCUUUAUUAUUAUUUUAUUUUAAGUCUUUUUUGAUGUUUUCAUUAAAAUCAAUAGUCCAUUAAUAAUAAAUGGAGAAACCAUAUAUGAUAAAACUGAAAGAAUUAAAGAUUUCUUUAGAAAAAACUUAUUGGAAGAUUUAAUAUAUAUCUUUACUUUAAUUAUUUCAUUUUUUCCAAUUUUUGAUAAUAUUCAAUUACAAGGUGGCUUUUGUAUAAUUAUCAUUUUCAUCUCUUACAAAAAACUUAAUUAGAAUUAUGAAAGUUUAUAUGAAAUUCUUUAUCUUAAAGGAUAAUAUCAUUAUGCUAUAGAUGUAAUAUCACUAACAAUUUUGAUCUUUUCAUAUGCACAUAUUAUGGCAUGUAUUUGGCAUUAUGUUGGUGAAAUUACUAUAGAUCAAGGUCAGUCUUGGUUAAUUUAAAGGAAUCUACAAAAUAGUUAAAUUUGGGAAAAGUAUAAUAUCUCUUUUUAUUGGGCAACCAUGACUAUGUCUACUGUAGGUUAUGGAGACAUAACACCUACUAAUUAAUUUGAAACUUUAGCAGCUAAUUUAAUGAUGAUUCUCUCAAGUUGCAUGUUUGGUUAUUCAAUUAGUUAAAUUGGAAUGAUACUCAAAAGUUAAUAUGAAGUUUAAUAAAAAUAUAAGUAAUUAUACUAUUUUUAUAUUUUAGACGUUCAAUAAUAAUUAUGAAUGCUUAUAUGAAAAAUAGUUAAGUUGAUUUAUAAAUAUAAAGUAGAAUCAGAAAUUAUCUCAAAUAUUAAUGUGAAAAUGAAGCUAAUGAAAAUAAAGAUGAUAUUAAUAAAAUCAUAACAGAUUUACCGAUUGGAUUAAAAUAAGAACUUGUAUAAGAUGUUUAGAUGAAUAUUAUAAAGAGGAUUAAGAUUUUAAAUAAUUAAUUCUCACAAUCAACUCUUAAAUAAUUAUCUCAGUUUUUAAUAGAAUUUAAAUUUACUCCAGGAGAUGUAAUAUAUCAUAGAAAUGAUUUAAAUGAUCAAAGUCUCUAUUAUAUACAAGAAGGAAUUGUUAAUAUUUAUGAAGAAAAUAGUCAAAAACUCUUACAAUCCUUAAAAGCUGGGGAUACAUUUGGUGAAUAUUAAUUCUUUACUGGAUUUUAAUCAUAAACAUCUACUAAAAGUUAAGGGUUUACAAAAAUAUUUAAAAUAAAUCGCUAAUCUUUAUUAUAGUUAUUAAAUUAAAAUUCUAAAGAUUUUCAAAGAUUUCAUCAUAUUAAAGAUAAUAUUAUUUUUAAUAAGAAUUUUUAAAUUGUAUAAAAAUGUUGUAAUUAUUGUAAAAUUGCUGAUCAUAUUAAUAUUGAUUGUCCACUUUUAUCUUACAAACCAGAUAUUUUAUAAAGAAUUAAGAAAGCUGAAUUAAAGCCAUCUAUAUAAUAAAGACAUUUUAUAUAAAGAAAUAAUUAAAAAGUGCGAUGUUUAAUGUUACAUUCAGCAAUCUAAGACACUGUUGAAGAAUAUAAAGCAAAUCUUUCUACUACUUAAAUUGAUGUUGAUAUGAAAUUAUUUUCAACAUAUGCUACAAAAGAUUUGAGUAGUAAUUGUUAAAAACAAUCACUAUUAGAUAGACAAUAAACUAAACCUCUUCCAGUUGCUCCUUUAAAAAAAAAUAACUCUUUUUUGAUAAGAUAGAGAAAUUAAUCUUAAUAGAAAAAAGUUGGAAUUUUCGUUAAUUUAAAAUCAGUCUUUAGAGAUUCUGAUCGAUAAUUAAAAUCUGAGUCUGAAGAUGAUCAAUAAAAUAAUUCACCUAAAAAUUAAGUUUCAUAAUAAUUUCAAAUUGAUUUUAAUGAUUUAUAAAUGAAUUAGUUUGAUGAUUAAUUUCAAACUACAAAUUUCAAUAUUGAUAGAUUAAUGAAUUAUUUUGGUUACAUGCCUAUGUCUAAUGUGAUUUAUGCUUUGAGAAAAUAUGAAAGACUCUAUAAGUAUUCAAAAGUGAAGACAAUUAAUUAUCCUGAAUCAGAAUCUAGGAAAUUUAGUAUUCCCUUAUAUUAUAGUAGAAGAGAUUCAAUAAAUGAAUUAUUAAAAGAAAAGUAUUGAGUAAAUAAUUAAUUAAAUUUAUUAUUAAAUAUGUUUAAUAAAAAAUUUAAAAAACAUGUUUCUAUUUCAUUUCAUGAUCAAGAAACCAAAGAAUAAAAGUGUAAUACCUAUGUAUCUAAUGUGAACUAAUCAAAGAAUCCAAAAAAUAACAUAAAUUAUGAUGAUGAUGUACACUUAGAUUCAAUUAAAAAAUAUGUGAAAGUAGACAAUAAAUAAUUAGUAGAUACUCAAAAAGAUGUGAUUCAAAUAGAGAGUUACGAGUAUUUAAAUGAAUUGGAGGAGGAAAAUAGGAUGAAUAAUUAUUUAAUUAAAAAAAAUUUAGAGAAUGUUAAAGAACUUAAUAUUAUUGAUUUAGAAAAUGAUGGAAUUUAUGAGGAUGAUAUAAAAACAAUGAAAAAUAAAAAUAAAAAAAAUGUAAUUAUAAUAGAUGAAACAGAUAAUAAUUUAAUUACAAAUAUGGAUAAUAGGAGAAUGAAUAUGAUAGGAAUAGCCAAAUAAUAGAAACUUUUCUAUGAACAUAAUUCAGAUGAUGAAGAAUUCAAUAGAUUUGAGUAAAAUAUCAUUAAAUCUAAUACAGUUUCAUAUGAUUAUGCAAAUAAUGGUUAUAAGACAUUCAAUUUUAAUGAUUCAUAAUAAAUUCAUUAUUCUAGUUUUAUGGACAACUUUUCAUAAAUAAAUUUGGAUUCAAUAAUUGGAAAUUUAUAAACACUUAUAUCUUAAGAGAUUUUUAAAAGAGAUAGAUUAUAAAAUUAAAUUGAAAGAUCUAUAUCUGCUAUUAAUUCAAGUGAAAUGAUAAUUAAAACUUAAUUAGAAUAAAAUUAAGAAUUAUAAAAAUUAUUAAGAGAUUUUGAAUAAGUAAAUGAAUAUUUUCAAUGUUUUAAUGAUAUGAUAAAAUAAAAAGUAAAAAUAUAAAAUAAUUUAUUUUAGAUACCAACUCUAUUUAAAUUAUAUGAUGAAUUUGAUGAAAUGCAUGAUGAAUAUUAUAAUUUAAUUGAAGCUAGAAUUGAAGAAUAAGAAUUGAUAUUUUCUUAGUUAUUUUAAGGAUUACCUAAUGAAAUUAUUCUUAAUUAUGCUAAAGAUAUUUGUUUACAUAUGGAUGAUGUAGAUGAAGAAUAUGCAGAUUUAGAGAAGAUUUGUGAAAAUUACUUUAAUGUAAUGUUUGUUAUACCAAAUGCUAAUAUCUUAUAACCAAUGUUUGAUUAUCAUAUUUUUAUGAGAUUUAUUGAAUUGUAUUGUGAAAACAUGGAUGAUUGUGAAUCUGAUUUAUUUGAGAAUUUGAUAUCUGAUAAAUCUUUACUAUGUUAAUUGAUAAUGUAAUGUAGAUUUAUUAAAGGAUUAUUAACAUUAAAUCCUAUUUAAACCAAAUUUAUUCAACAAUUUUUUAGAUCAAUUUUAAAACACACAUAUUAAUAUUUAAAAGAGUCAAAUGCAGAAGAAGCACAAAAAUCUUUAAAUUAUAUUAAAUCAUUACUUGAUUCAAUUUAAAAAUCAAUAUAUAAAAAGCCAUGUAUUUAUAGACCAUAGAUAGUUGAAUACUUAAGUAUGAUGAAAGAUAUUCUACCUAAAGAUACACUUGAAAAGCUAAUUAAAAAUUAUUAAUGA